CGACACGACAUAAAGAGACCUAAACCUAAUCGUUCUUUUGGAGAGGGUGCGGCGGCGGCAUGAGAGGCAGUCCGGGAACUUCUGAAGCCGGGGAGAGAGGGUACAGAGGCGGCAUAGGAGGCAGGCCAGGAAGCAUAUGAAGCCGAAAAGAGGGUGUGGCGGCGGCAUUGGAGGCAGUCCGGGAAGCAUCUGAUUCCGGGGACUCGAUCGGUAAUCGCAGAGACGGGAACAUCUUUGAAAGAUAAUGGCACAGGUGGGUCAGCCGAAUCAGAGAGGAACAGAUGGAAGCACGGUACCCCUCUCUCUCUCUCUCCCCGGUGAUCAGUUGAGAUUGAAGGAUGUUACCAUUCGAGUCGCAGAUGGAAGCAUGGUACUUCUCCCUGUCUCUCCCGGUGGUCAUUCGAAUCAAACAAUAACCGGAUUAUCCGAUUAGUGAUCGAAUUAGGAAUUGAAAGUAACUUUCAUUUCCGAACCAAUAGGAUAUAUAAAUUUUAAACGAAUUCGGAAACGGAAUUACCUAUCCGAGCCGAAUUCGAACCGUUUACAUCUCUACCCACAUCGCAGAUUCAAAGUUAAGCCGUACAGUGUCUCCUUCAUUCCUUCAUCUCAGAAGAUGCUUAACGUUCACAGAUUCUUUUCCAAGAAAGAGAACAGAGUAUAGGAGCCUGAAUUACACAAAAUUCUAUGCCCACUGUGAAGCGUGAGCUUCUCUGUCUCUCUUCCUUGUCCAUAACUUUCCGGCCAUACUGACCUUCAAUUCAUAAAAAUCUCUGGAAUCAGUUUGGUGCGAUCCUACUAGCUUCUAGGAACCUCAAUUAGUAUGAUGAAAGAUUAUAGUAAUUAUGAUAUUCAUACUCCUUUACAGCAGGCUAUUUAAGAAAGCUCCUCGCCUACCCAAGUUUUCCUCCUCUGCAACUGCCAUUGAAGCAGCAAAGGAAUAUCCCACAAAUCUAAGCCGCUGCAUUACCCACCUCCAAUCCUGUGCCUUCAACAAGAACCUCACUAAAGGAAAAGAAAUCCAUUCAUGUUUGGUUGUCACCGGUUUGCUGUGCUCCCCCUUCUCCAUCACCAGCUUGAUCAAUAUGUACUCCAAAUGCAAUCAACUGGGUGAUGCCCUUUCCAUCUUUAAUGAAGCCCAUGAUCGAAAUAUCUUUGCUUGGAAUGCCAUCAUUGCUGGGUUGACCACUAAUGGUCUGUCUCGUGGUGCAUUUGAAUUUUACCAGAGAAUGAGGUUGGAAGGUGUAGCCCCUGACAAGUACACGUUUCCUUGUCUCAUCAAGGCUUGUUCUGAACUCUCGGAGGUUCUUGAAGUAAAGAAGAUUCAUUCUGGGCUAUUUAAGAUUGGUCUGGAAUGUAAUGACUUUGUUUCCAGUGCACUGAUCAAUUUCUAUCUAAAAUUUAACUUUGUUCAAGAAGCACAGAAACUGUUCGAAGGAUUGUUUGACAGAGAUGUUGUUUUGUGGAAUGCGAUGAUAAUUGGGUAUGCUCAGAUAGGGGAGGUUAAAUUGGCUUUGCAAGUUUUUGAGAGAAUGGGGAAAGAAGGGAUUGUCCACAGUAACUUCACACUCACUGGGAUCUUAUCAGUCUUUGCCAUGAUUGGUGAUCUUAACAAUGGGAGAGCUGUUCAUGGAUAUGCAGUGAAAAUUGGCUGUGAAUCAGAGAUUGUAGUGGCUAACUCAUUGAUUGACAUGUAUGGAAAAUGCAAGUGUAUUUCAGAAGCACUCAUAGUUUUUGAGAUGAUGCUAGAGAAGGAUGUUUUCUCAUGGAACUCAAUCAUUUCGGUUCAUGAGCAGUGUGGUGAUCAUGACAAGACCCUCAGGCUUUUUGAGAGAAUGCAAAAAACUGGGGUUCGGUCAGAUACUGUCACAAUUGCUGCUGUCCUUACUGCAUGCUCUAAUUUGGCUGCAUUGAUGCGUGGUAGGGAGAUUCAUGGGCACAUGAUUGUUGAUGGGUUGAGGAAAGAUGACUAUGGCGAGGACAUUGUUGACGUGUACGUGGACAAUGCGGUCCUGGACAUGUAUGUGAAAUGUGGGAGCCUGAGGGAUGCUUGCAUGUUCUUUGACAAGAUGCGGAAGAGGGAUGUCGCGUCAUGGAACAUCAUGAUUAUGGGUUAUGGACUGCAUGGGUUAGGUGAUGAAGCCUUAAAUGUGUUCUUUCGUAUGGGUGAGUCUAGUGCAAGGCCAGACGAAGUCACCUUCAUUGGUGUCCUAUCUGCAUGCAGUCAUGCAGGCCUAGUAGACCGAGGACGCAAGAUCCUUGCUCACAUGGAGGAGGAUCAUGGUGUGGUUCCCACUGUUGAGCACUAUGCCUGUGUGGUUGACAUGCUGGGUCGAGCCGGGCGACUUGAUGAAGCUUACGAGUUGGCUUUGGAGAUGCCAAUUGAACCCAACCCAGUAGUUUGGAGGGCAUUCCUAGCUUCAUGUCGGCUCCAUGGCAACACAAAACUGGCUGAGUUCACGUUGCAACGAUUGUUAGAGCUGGAGCCAGAGCAUUGUGGGAGCUAUGUGUUGAUGUCCAACAUCUAUGGAACCAUAGGCCGGUAUGAGGAGGUGUCAGACAUCAGGCACACAAUGAGAGAAAAAAAUGUUAGGAAGACACCAGGAUGCAGUUGGUAGCUGAAGAGUGGUGUGCAUGUGUUUGUUACAGGAGAUCGAACCCAUAGUGAUUGUGAUUGUAUUUAUGAGGAAUUGGAUGAAUUGUCAGGCAAAUAAAGAGUCGUAUAGUAGCAAUA